UCAGAACUGGACCAUGGAGCAAUGGAAGAAGGAGGCCUGGUCUGAUGAAUCAUGUUUUCUUUGACAUCAUGGCCGGGUGCGUGUGCGUUGCUUACCUGGGGAGCUCAUGGCAAACAAGUCCGAUCCAUGAAGGCCCCACCUCGCAACUUACAGGACUUAAAGGAUCUGCUGCUACUAACACAAUAUUAGGAAGGAGGUCAUAAUGUUAUGCCUGAUUGGUAUAUGUCACAAUACAGAAGAAGUGAUUGCCAUACUUCCUUUACAUUGAAACUUUAAUGUACUGUACAGUGAAGGAGAAUGUUGCACCAAUAACAAUGUUCCACCUUGUUCUUCUAUCCACCAGGUAAAAGCAGACCUCUCUUCAAAAAUUCAAAUGAUUAGAAGUAUCAUUCAUGUUUGUAGCACAAAUGGUGUGGGGUGAGUAACAUGCCAAAUACUGAAUGUGUGGUCACAUUUAUUGUUGCUCUGUGGGAAUUUCAUGGGCUACAUUUAGUCUUGUCAAUAGGAAUCACAAUGAGUUCAUAUUCACAAACAGAAAAAUGCUUGGUUUGAAAGUGACUUCGAUGUGAGCUGUGCUGUUAACAAUAGAAAAUUGACUUUUUUGCCUGAGAAAUUUCUCCUAUGCUCGUGUGACCGCACCUUUAGGGGUUCAAGUUCUUAAACAUGAGUAUAACUGAAAUACUUCAGAAAAUAUAUAGUGAUAGUUUCCUUAGAUGAGGAAACUGAGGUCUUGUCUUCAGCAGACCCAUCCCACAGAACAGCUGUCACUCUGAAGUGAGAUACCUGACACGGACAUAUGUUGUGACAAAUGGGACUGUAUCAUUAUCAGUUGCUCAAUAAAGACUCUUUCAUCUCAUUGUAAAACGACUUAUUUUCACAGUAAAACCUGCAGUGGAAAAGAGGGGAGUUAAUUCGGACUGCUUUGAAAUGGGUUUCACCAGGCCAGGCCGCCCUUGGGGAUUGGGUGGUGGUCAAAGCCCAGCCUGAUGUAUUUAAGUCAAUGCAUUUAAUCUGGCCACAUUCUCCCCAACAGCCCCGCCAGGCACAGCCCUCUCCCUCCGACUGACACGCUGACACCUGGACUCCACCGCUGCCGGCUGGCCAGCAUGCCGCUUGGGCCCACCUGCUCGCCACACAUACCGCAAUGCAAACAUUUCAACAGUUAGGUCGACUUUAAAAGCUCCACGCGACUUAAUGAGAAAGAAUCCGAGGUCUGCGUUUCACCUCUUUCUAUGUCUCUCUCUCUCUCGCUCUCUAGAGGGCAUUUAGAACUGCCCAUUAACGGCCAAAGUGUGGAUUUCCUGUGAAAUAACGAUUGUGCCCUCCACAUGGUUCGCGUCUAAAUACUCAAGAACACUUAGUUAAACAUGAAGCCCCGCGUUCGGCAAUCGGAAUGGGAUUGCUUCCAGCUGUGCCACUUCGACCAGCAUCCAGAGCAGGGGAGAUCCAUCAGAAGUCUUUCUUUAUUGAUGCCGUGACUUAUAUUGCAUAUAUUGGCUUUGCUGUGGAAUAGCAGGGUGGGUGUGAAGUGGUCAGAAAUUUACUUACUCCCAAUCCUCCUCCUACUAUGAUUUCACUUUCAGAUUGCAAUCAAACUACUCUGUGCGCCUGGAGGUGACCUGGCAGAUGACUGCUUUAAUUUCUCAGAUAGCUUAGUUUCAUGGUGUAAUUGCUGUAAUUCCUCAAAAGUCCACUUUGUCCCUGGGAUUUUCUUUGAAUUGGUUCUAUUGUUUGCCUCUGCUGAAUCUCUCUCAUAUGCACUUUUUAGAGAAUGUUUCAUUUAAUCAUCAGUCCUAGCAUUGAUAUUGAUUGUAUCCCCCAACCCCCUUAAAAGAUUAGUUCACUUUCAAAUGAAAAUUAGCCCAAGCUUUACUCACCCUCAAGCCAUCCUAGGUGUAUAUGACUUUCUUCUUUCUGAUGAACACAAUCGGAGAUAUAUUAAUAAAUAUUCUGUGAAUGGGAUUAAUGAAUGAGUAUGAGCUGGAGAAAGUGUCUCCAUCCAUCAUAAACCUACUCCACAUGGCUCCAGGGGUUAAUAAAGGCCUUCAGAAGAAAAGUGAUGCAUUUGUGGAUGCAUUUGAUGCAAGUGUAAAACUCUCACAGUUCAUAAAGCUUAUGCUACGUCCUACGCCUUCCCUAUGCAACUUGCAAAAAAAGCUUAACUGAUGCCACGCCAGUUCCGUGUUUUUCGUAAGCUGAAUACGGAAGGCGUCCUGGUGGAAGCUAGAUAUUUUACUUCAUAACUUGAUAAAUAUGGCUAUUUUUUACACAAACGCAUCGCUUUGCUUCACAAGGCCUUUAUUAACACACUGAUGUUUGAAUAACAUUAAAGAUGGUUGACCACCUGCAAAAUUGAGGAUUUUUUUUUGUUGUUUUACAAUUGUUUUGCUAUUUUUCUUAUAUUUAUUGAUUCUGAAUUUGAGGCAAAAAAGAAGUCAAAAUUAGUCUGCCAACUUCUGACAAUUUGGAAUAUAUAAUGCACUGACCAUGUGAUACUUUUAUGUUGCUGUUGUGUCUUUUUUGAAGCUCCAGUCCCUAUUCACUGGAAUUGCAUGGAAAACAUCGACUUGGACAAUUCUUCAGAAUUUCUCCUUUUGUUUUCCACCAAAGAAAGUAAUUCAGUUUUGGAACGACAUAAGGCGUGCAGGAAACAGACAUUGCAGAGGUAUCAGAAAAGUGAAAACAGCCGGCUGCUUUGUACAGACUGUCCAGAAUCUCCUCGAAUUAGAAACCUCUCGCUGGAUGACUGUGCACGCAAAUGCAGCAAGAGCAAGAAGUCCUGCAGGGCAUUCUACUUUGACCAGAUAAACAGGAAAUGUCACUUGCUUCCCUUCGACCGUUUCUCCGAAGGCGCAAAGAGAGAGCGAAAACUCAAUUGUGACCUUUUCGAGAAGAAAGACUAUGUGAGGGAGUGCAUCAUUGGGUCAGGUGUCAACUACAAGGGGAGGAAGUCAUUCACAAAGACUGGAAUUACGUGUCAAUCCUGGAAUAUGUCCAUCCCGCAUGAGCACAAUUUCAAGCCUGCCAGACACAAAAAGUUUGACCUGCGUCAGAACUUCUGCCGAAACCCAGACAAUGAUCCAAGCGGACCCUGGUGCUUCACUGAACUCACUGAGACUCGACACCAGGAAUGUGGGCUGCCCCAGUGUUCAGAAGUGGAGUGUAUGAGGUGUAAUGGGGAAACAUACAGGGGGCCCAUGGAUCACACAGAAAGUGGGAAAGAGUGCCAGAGAUGGGACUCACAGAAACCUCAUAAACACUCCUACCAGCCUCACAGGCAUGUAGGUAAAGGCCUGGAUGACAACUACUGCCGCAAUCCCAAUAAUGACGUGCGUCCAUGGUGUUACACAAUGGACAAAAACACACCAUGGGAGUACUGUAACAUCAGUGUGUGUGACUCAGAUAAUGAUGUGGAAGUGGAGGUGACCACCUCUUGCUUUCGGGGUCAGGGAGAGGGCUACAGAGGUACAGUCAGUGUGACCCCUGCAGGUGUGACCUGUCAACGCUGGGACGCCCUAUUUCCUCACAACCAUUCAUACACACCGCACAACUAUAAAUGCAAGGAUCUCAGGGAGAACUAUUGCAGGAACCCUGAUGGCUCUGAAAUUCCCUGGUGUUUCACCACAGACCCAAAAGUACGCAAAGCUUUCUGUACCAACAUCCCCAGAUGUGAGUCAGAGAGCUCUGACAGUACAGAAUGUUAUGAAGACAACGGGGAGAGUUAUCGUGGCAAUUUAUCGAAAACAAGAUCUGGUAUUCCUUGUGGGCUGUGGUCCGACCACACAUUCAGGAGAGACACGCGGUCAGCGAAGGCCAGCGCGGGCUUAGAGUUGAACUUGUGCAGGAAUCCAGACCGAGAUAAGCACGGGCCAUGGUGCUACACAUCCAACUCCUCCAUUCCCUGGGACUACUGCGGACUGGAACGCUGCAAAUCAAUGUCAUCUGAUGACCAUCAGAAGACAGGUGGAGGACCGAAACCCUCUUGCUUUAUACACAAAACCACAAGGAUUGUUGGGGGGAUGCAGGUGCAGCGAGCAGAGGACGGAAGUUGGGUGGUCAGCAUUCAAAAAAGGAACAGACACUGGUGCGGAGGUUCACUCAUCAGAGAGGAAUGGGUUCUGACUGAUCAACAAUGCUUCUCCACCUGUGUUCCUGACCUCUCGGAGUAUACCGUGCAGGUGGGGCUUCUUCAUCUCAACGCAUCCGCUGACACACAGGGUCUCCGGAUCGCACAUGUGGUCUGUGGGCCCGAGGGAUCCAACUUAGCCCUGCUUAAACUCACAACGCCUGCACCUCUCUCUGAGCAUGUGCGAACUGUGCAACUUCCUGUCGCGGGAUGUGCUGUUGCAGAAGGCACUUACUGCCUCAUGUAUGGCUGGGGAGACACUAAAGGCACGGGACAUGAGGGCAGUCUGAAAAUGGUGGGGCUUCCAAUUGUCAGCAACAAAAGGUGUUCCCAAAGCCACAAAGGUAUUUUGCCCAUCACAGAGACCAAAAUCUGUGCCGGAGGCAAGAGAGACCAGGGUGUUUGUGAGAAAGACUACGGUGGCCCAUUGGUGUGCCAGGAAGGAGAAAGCAAGGUCAUAGUGGGCGUAAGCAUCAACGGCCGUGGGUGUGCCGUCGCCAGGCGUCCUGCUGUCUUUGUCAACGUGGCCUUCUACUCUGAAUGGAUCCGCAAAGUCUUCAAAUACUAUUCGGACAUGGAAAUAAGUUACUAGACUGUUAUAUUUUCCAAUGUGGUGAAAAUAUACUCAUGGCGCGUUAUGGUUUUUGGUAUCUACAACAUGAAGACCACUGUUGCUGUACGAUUGGCGUAGAAACAACUUGUUUCUAAAACCAACCAGAGUUUUUUUUUUUUUAGAUUAAAUUAAAACCACUGGUACAGAAAAGGUGCAAGACAAGAAUAUCUGAUCUUCUCACAAAGAAACUGCAACAAUCAGAUGUCAGACGUGAUUUUUUCAAAACCAACAAAUAAAGGAAAUGACAGAAGAUUCUUGUGGCUGGUGAGUUGAAUCUCAAAAAUCAAGGACAGAUGGAUACAUGAGGAAAGAAAAGCAAUUAAAAGAAACUGUGGUGUUCAUCCAUAUGAACAUAUUUGUCACAAACCAGAGCAGAUGUUUUUCGAAAUGUCAUUCCCUGGAGAUACUUGAAGAUGGCAAUAACCCGACAUUUUCAGACAGGUUGGAGCUUUUGUUUUCACUGGGGUGCAUUUUUCCAGGUGUUAUCACUUGCUCACAGCUGAAUUUUCUUCAAUGUGCAUCAUUUUAAAGGCAUUUCAGGUGCAACUUAGGAGGACGAAAUUCUGUAACACUGUUUCCAAAACACCAACAUCAACCCCUUCACAAAUCAGAUUUGGAGCGUCAGUCAGCACCGCGGCCAGUAUACAC